GCAUGUGCAGAGAGCAUUUCUCUCACUCCCUCCCUCCCUGUCCGAGAUAGUCCUUAAUCCAAAGGGCGCCUAAAUAGCUCAGCCCACCCAAGCCGUGCCCAGUACCUAGGACUGACGUGCUCCUGGCCAUGUGCAGAGUUCUUUUCAGCGGCCACCCUUUUUAAAAAAAGAGACGACUUGGCCCCAGCGGGCGUGGGCCCUCUCUCGCCCCCGCUUUGGCGGAGGAGGGUCGGAGCACGAUCUCCUCAGCCACGGAGGAUUUGGGACAGCAUGGAAAUGGGGGAAGGCGAUGGAAAGAAACGGCAGCUCUCUGAGGGCUAAACCUGGCCUGAAGCUUCCAAAGGCUGGCUGGUCUCCUCGCCGGGCAAGGAUUUCUGAUCAUGUAUUAAAUGUUUGAGAGCACCUGAAGAAGUUUUUUUCCCCCUCAUCAAAAACAAAGCAAGUCAAUGAUGAAAGUUUUCUGCGGAAGAGCCAAUCCUACUACUGGCGCCGUAGAGUGGCUAGAAGAAGAUGAGAACUAUGACUAUCACCAAGAAAUUGCAAGGUCAUGUUAUGCAGACAUGCUGAAUGACAAAGACCGAAAUGCAAAAUAUUUCCAGGGGAUUCGUGCCGCAGUCAGCCGAGUGAAAGAAAGAGGGGAGAAAGCCAUUGUUCUGGACAUUGGGACUGGGACGGGCCUGUUGUCCAUGAUGGCGGUCACCGCUGGAGCCGAUUUCUGCUAUGCUGUAGAGGUCUUCAAGCCUAUGGCCGAAACAGCUGUGAAGAUCGUGGGGAAAAAUGGCUUUAGUGACAAGAUAAAGAUCAUCAACAGACACUCCACGGAAGUCACAGUGGGGCCUGACGGAGACAUGCAGUGCCGUGCAAAUAUCCUGAUAACAGAGCUGUUUGAUACUGAACUGAUAGGCGAAGGGGCUUUGCCGUCUUAUGAGCACGCCCACAAGUUCCUUGUGCAGGUAAGGAGUGAGCAGACAAGACCUGACACAUUUCCCCUGUUAAUCAUUAUGCAGUGCGGCAACAUUGCUUAG